AUGAAUUCCCGGGAACAUCGUGAACUAUUGGAAAUCUUCUAUAAAAAACAAUCGUAUGUUUUUCGCCUGCUGGCUUUGUGGAAAUUGCCGGAUACGGUAUCGGACCGUUUUCGUCUACUACAUCGUUUCUAUUUCUAUUUCAUACUCUUCUUUUGGGUGUUAUCCUUCGACGCGAGUUGCCUGAUUCAAUUCAUAUCGAAUAUCAGCGAUUUGAAUGAAGUCAUUAAGGUGUUCUUUAUAUUUGCCACUUCGUUGGCGGUGUUUGCAAAAUUCUCAACAAUUAAAAUGAAAAAUCAUCUCUAUGCGGAAUUGAUUGAGACCAUACACGAACCGAAAUAUCGUCCCGUCAACAGCCGCGAGGUGAAAAUUUUCCGCGAGACACAUCGUCUGUGUGGUAGGGUGCGUAAUUUUUAUCUCGUGAUCUCGUUGUGUGCCCUCAAUGUCGUUAUGCUGACUCAGUAUAUUUUUGAUAAUUCCGAAUUACCCCUCUCGCUAUAUAAUCCGAUUAAUAUUGAUACGAAGCUACGCUAUCGUCUAAUGUAUUUGUAUCAAUAUAUUGCCGUAUCGAUUUGUUGUUAUAUGAAUAUUGCCUUUGAUUCGAUCUCCGCCUCGUUUAUGAUUCACAUCAAGGGUCAAUUGGAUAUUCUGUGUGAUCGUUUGGAACAUUUGGGUAUGGAUUAUGAGAGCAGUGAUGAGGUGAUUACGGCCCAGUUGAAAAAUUGCGUCAAAUAUUAUGGUGAUAUUAUACAUAUUGUUCGUAUAGCUGAGGAUUUGAUAAGUUUUCCAAUAUCGAUACAAAUUGCAUGUUCGGUGUUGGUAUUGGUGGCGAAUUUUUAUGCAAUGUCAUUUCUCUCCGAUCCCGGUGACUAUGCCAAUUUCAUCAAAUUCCUCAUCUAUCAGCUGUGCAUGUUGUCACAAAUCUACAUCCUCUGCUAUUUUCCCAGUGAGGUUACGGCAAAAAGUGAAGAAGUUCCCUACUAUUUGUAUUGUUCGAAUUGGGUCUAUUGGAAUCGUAUGAAUCGUAAAUUGACUUUGCUAAUGAUGACCCGAUUCGAUAUACCGAUACGUAUUAAAUCGAUUAAUCCGACAUAUACAUUUAAUUUGGCGGCCUUUACAUCGAUUGUAAAUUCCUCCUAUAGCUAUUUUGCAUUGCUCAAGAGAAUCAAUAGUUAA